AUCUUUUCUAUUUUUGUGUGUUUAGUUUUAGCAGUUGUGAUGUCGGGCCGUGGAAAACAGGGAGGCAAGGCUCGCGCCAAGGCUAAGUCGCGGUCUUCCCGAGCUGGUCUUCAGUUCCCGGUAGGCCGAGUGCACCGCUUGCUCCGCAAAGGCAACUACGCCGAGCGGGUGGGGGCCGGCGCGCCCGUCUACAUGGCGGCCGUCCUCGAGUAUCUGACCGCGGAAAUCUUGGAAUUGGCGGGUAAUGCGGCCCGAGACAACAAGAAGACGCGCAUCAUUCCUCGUCAUCUUCAGCUAGCCAUCCGUAACGACGAGGAGCUGAACAAAUUGCUGGGCAAGGUCACCAUCGCCCAGGGCGGUGUCUUGCCUAACAUCCAGGCCGUUCUAUUACCAAAGAAAACCGAAAGCCACAAAGCCAAAAGUAAAUAAGUCUUGAUGCAACGUAAGAUCAAAGGCUCUUUUUAGAGCCACCCACAUUAUCAAAAAAGGAGCUAAUACGCUAUGUCGUGGUCAGCCCUUUAUUUGCGACUUUUGUUGGCUCUUAAAAGAGCCUUUGGGUAGGCGGGGAUCGUGUCACGCCUCUGAAUCACUUGUUCUUGCCGGGCUUGUGACUCUCCGUUUUCUUGGGCAACAAGACGGCCUGGAUAUUGGGCAAGACGCCGCCCUGGGCAAUGGUGACACCACCAAGUAAUUUGUUGAGCUCUUCGUCAUUUCUAACGGCUAGCUGCAAAUGGCGAGGAAUAAUGCGCGUCUUCUUAUUGUCGCGGGCCGCGUUACCCGCCAAUUCCAGGAUUUCCGCGGUCAAGUACUCCAGCACUGCAGCCAGAUAAACCGGCGCGCCGGCCCCCACCCGCUCGGCGUAGUUGCCUUUGCGGAGCAAGCGGUGCACUCGGCCCACCGGGAAUUGAAGGCCGGCGCGGGAUGAGCGGGACUUGGCCUUGGCGCGGGACUUGCCUCCCUGCUUUCCGCGUCCAGACAUUACAGCUAAAAAUACAGUUACUGCUCCUAUUUCAAGGGAAAGGAUGCAGAAAGGAUAAGCAAUUUGAUGUAUUUAUAAGAGCUACCGGGAGGGGUGAAGGGAAGUAGUUUGAUUGGCUAAAAGGGUACUGCGCAAGCAGCCAAUGGGAAAGCAGAAAGCAGACUCGUUCGCGUUUUGCGCUACGAGGAAAUGACGGAUUUCACUAGCACCUACCAAUCGCUGGAAGACAUAUUAAAGCCCCUUAUUUGCAUGCCCGCAUUUUUAAGAAAAGGAGGCUUUCAAACAAAACGUUUCUUUUUUAGUGAGUGCCAGUUUGGAGUUUCUAUCCUAGCUUAAACGGGGAAAUCCCAAGUAGGAUCCAAGCAGAGCGGCACGCAAGCAGAGCAGAAAAGUCACACCCACCAUUAGGUGCGGAAUCAUGAAGCCGGUUAUCCCCUUGAGCAGUUACCUCCUCAGGCCUGCUCCUUCUGUUUUGUCACAACUAGGGUCCAUUAAAGAACUAUGAAGAUCGCUUCUUUCUCUUUCAUUUUAGUCGCUAAUUACGAUGUGGCUUUGCCCCACCCACACCCGCCAGUUUCUUGGAAUCCGUUUUGACCAUGGCUGGAAUACAUGUGUCAUCCUCCUUUUGACCUCUAGGAGGCAUCAGAUACCGUUUGAAACGCUCCAGUAGCUUUCAAAAUGUCACCCUUCUGAUUUUUCUUUUCAACCUUCAACCUUCUUAUCCUGCUUCUAAUUCUUUGUGCCUCUCAGUGCGUUGUCCAGCUGGACUCUGCGGAUGCGGCCCCUUCCCCAUUUUUUUCAGUCUUCGUAAGGAAUUUUCCCGUUUCCGUGCUUUUAACUGACAUCCAUAUUUGUUUCAGAAGCGCAGACCCUUAUACCUAACUACUUACUGAAUACUUCAACCCGUUUGACCCAACAGGAACCUCAAACUUGGCCUAUCCAAAUGAAAACUGAACCAAUCCACACCCUCCUCCCUUUGCCGUCUCUCCAUGAAUUGGGCCAACAACCUUCCAGGUAGCUAAACCAGAGUCUUAGUCUACUCUUCCCAUCAUCUCAACAGCAUAUCCAGUCAGUUACUUCCUUAACAUCUCUUAAAACCUUCCCCCCACCCCCAUCAUUUCUCCCCUAGAGUUCAGCAACAGCCCCUGACAGUUUUACCGCCGUCUUCCACCUUCCAUAGCAGUGUUUCCUGAAAGCUCUUCUUUUUCUUCCUUCCCUGCUUCCUGUCUCUGGGAGUUCUGCAUCUGCCACUCCAUUUUCACCCUUUCCUGAGUAUCCCACUGGGACAGGAGGCAGAAUGCUAUCAGGAAAACAUAGACUUAAGUUCUUGUUCCUGAGUCCUUUUCUGAUGUUCUCUUUUUUAUCCUCACCUUUAUUCAGCUGACAUUUAUUGAGGACAUGCCUUCUGUCAGCACUGGGUAUACAGAUAAUUGAGACCAGUACAAAGAGAUGAGAUGCCUCCAGAAAAUGGAGGAAAUCUGGUGAACUUGAGGAGUUAAAUUAGUUAAUAUCAGCUAUCUGUAGAGGCAAAUUACUGUAAAAAUGCUGCUGUAGAUGUGGGAAACACCCAAAGCCAAGUUGAUGGGCAUGUUUCCUCACUAGCAGAAUGUAACUGAAGGUACUUUUAACCCAAUCAAUUGCAUUAUAUCGUUUCAGAAGAAGAAUGUGUUACUGAAAGGUAUGGUCUACUUAGUUUUAAAAGGAGAAAUUACAGUAAGAAUUUGUCUGGGUCUCUCCAACACUAAGUGUAUAUUUCUGGUAGACACAAAGAUUUGGGCUACUAUAGGGGGUCCUUGGUUGGGAAAGCAUCAGUCUUCUCUCAUAGCCUAGAUUAAACAUUUCCGAAGACCGUCCAACUCUCUUAGCUCAGAUUCUGCUUGGGCCCCUCCCCAAUAAGUCUGCCAAUCCUGGAUGUUCUGAAAGAAUCAGCUUUUCAGACCUCCAGGGCUGAGAACCAAACCCAGAUCCUUCUACCUGGCUCUUAAGAGAGUAAUUAAAUGUUUGUGCCAUGAACAAAUGAAACCAUACUCUUAGAGAAAUAAUGACUUUCAAAAAUGCUUUCUUUAGUCAAAAACCACUCUUCAAGUGUUGACUAUAAACAGUAGACUGUGGUAGACAGUGAUGAAACAUAAUAGAAGCUCAUCAAUCAAAUAAACGUAAUAUAUCUUACCACGAUGGAAUUAUUGUUAGAGUAAAUGAAAAGAGCCCAGUUCAGUGCCUGGAAACUGAGAGGGCCCAGGGCUGGAUUAGGAAAUAGACUAGCUUAAUGGUUAAGAGUCCAAACUCUGCAGCCUGACUUUUUGGGUUUGCUUACCAGUUCUGUGAGCAUAGGCAAGUUACUAACCUCUGAGGGUCUCUGCUUCUUCAUUGGUAAAGCGAGAGUAAUAAUUCUAACUACCUGUGUCCGUUUGAAUA